GGAAGUUGUUGUAAAGAGAAGUGGAGUCAUGUGACGCUCUCUAAACUUCUCUGAGCAUGCAGAGGGAAAGUAUGGCUCUCACUUCUGUUUGGUUCCUCACCACCAUUUUCACUCUUGUGCAUUUAACACCAUUGAUCGCACUCGAAGAAGAACAUCGCUUCAAAGAGUGGAUGUUUCAGCACAGCAGAGUUUACGACACUGAGGAGUUUUACCAACGGCUCCAGAUAUUCACAGAGAAUAAGAGAAUAAUUGAUCGUCAUAAUGCUGGGAAUCACUCCUUCACAAUGGGCCUGAAUCAAUUCUCAGACAUGACAUUUGAGGAGUUUAGGAAGUUCUUCCUUCUGACACAGCCACAGAACUGCUCAGCCACUAAAGGGAGUCACGUCCGCAGGAGUGGUCCUGACCCUGAGUUUGUCGACUGGAGAGUGAAAGGCAACUUUGUGACUCCUGUGAAGAAUCAGGGUCAAUGUGGAAGCUGCUGGAGCUUCUCCACCACUGGCUGUUUGGAGUCAGUGAACGCUAUCGCCACCGGGAAGCUCAUACCUCUGUCUGAGCAGCAGUUGAUAGACUGUGCCCAAGACUUCCACAAUUAUGGCUGCCUCGGUGGCCUCCCCAGUCAGGCGUUUGAGUACAUCAGAUACAGUAAAGGUCUCAUGACAGAGGAGGACUAUCCCUACAAAGGCCAUGGUGACAGCUGCCAUUUUGACCCUGCACGUGCAGCUGCUUUUGUUCAGGACGUUGUCAACAUAACAAGUUAUGAUGAAAAAGCCAUGGUUGAUGCUGUGGCCUGGCUCAACCCCGUGACCUUCAGCUUUGAUGUCACCAGCGACUUUAUGCAUUACAAAGACGGCGUCUACACCAGCACCCAGUGUAAGAGCACGGCUGACCGGGUGAAUCAUGCCGUCCUGGCUGUGGGAUACGGCGCUGAGGAGAACAGCACGCCAUAUUGGAUUGUGAAGAACUCUUGGGGCACAGACUGGGGGAAGGACGGAUAUUUUUUGAUCGAGCGAGGACGAAACAUGUGUGGACUGGCUGUGUGCUCCUCCUACCCUCUGUCUUCAACCUGAUGGGAAGUUGGUCGAUUGUGUUUUUGAAUAUUUCCUGAAGAAUUGAUGGAAACUUAUGACUCAACACAGAAGAGAAAAACUAGACAAUUGCAAGGGGACAGAAAUGUGUCAGGCUCAGGUGGUUCAACUGUAAUUUGGCAAACUUUUUUCCCUCAGUCUGUUUCACAAAGAUCAAUCUGAUUUCCUCACAACACUGACAUGACUGUUAGAAGAAGUUGUCAGAUUGGUCACUAUUGACAUUUGUGUUCUCUCUGGGUUACUUUGUUUCUCACACACAUUAAAGAUUUGUUCUCUCUCA